AUGAGAACCAAGCUGGAGGCGAAGCAGGUGGUUUACUGCGGAGUGUGCGGGCUGCCUCCGGAAUUCUGCGAGUUCGGGCCGGACUUCAACAAGUGCAAGCCGUGGCUGCUCGAGCACACGCCGGAGCUCUACCCCGACCUCGCGGCUGAGAAACUGAAGGAGUUGUCAACAGCCGAGGGAGGUGCCGGGGAAGCAGGAGCGGGAGCAGCGGCACCAGCUGCAGCCAAGCCAGAAGAGCCUGUUAAGAAGCUGCCUGGAGGCCGGGUCAAGAAGCAGGAUAAGAAGGAGGUGGUGGUGGAGCGAAUAGUUCGCAACAAGCGCAAGUCAGUCACAGUUAUCAAGGGCCUUGAACACUUUGGUGUGAAACUGCCCGAAGCAGCCAAGAAGCUGGGGAAGAAGUUUGCCAGUGGUGCUUCUGUCGUCAAGGGACCAACGGAGAAGGAGCAGGUGGAUGUGCAGGGGGACAUUCUCCUCGAUAUAGUCGACUUCAUUACAGCCACAUGGCCCGACGUACCUGAGGAGGCAAUAUAUUUCAUCGAGGACGGGAAGAAAGUACCGGCAUGCUAG